CUCAGCCUCGUACGAAGUGCAACAAGAGAUUUCACCAAAUCAGUCUCAAAUUUCAAAACCUUACGGAUUCAUAAUCUCUAUCGCACUUAGGUUAAAAGUAAAAAAAGACAUUAAUGGUUGGUCGAGGAAAAGCAAAACAGGGUCGUUCCAUAGGCUCAAAGCGUAGAUUGAAGGUAGAUCGAAUAAACCAAUUACCGGAUCCUUUGAUAUGUCAGAUUCUUUCUCAUCUUCCGACAAAAGAAGCUGUUUCGACAAGUGUUUUGUCCGCUAGAUGGAGGAGUCUCUGGCUUUGGCUUCCUCGUUUGGAACUGAAUUCCAGAAAAAUCCGAAGUUUAAGUGCCUUAUUGGGUUUUGGCGACAGGUUUUUCGAUUCCAAUAGGGUCUCAUACAUGCACGAACUCAAGUUAAGUAUGUCUGACAUUAGAUUCAUAGACAGUGAAGAUUAUGAUUCCUCUUGUUUUACAUCAUGGAUUGAUGCAGCUGUCAAGCGUAAGGUUCAGCAUCUAUGUGUUCGUUUUCCUCCUAACAGUGUUCUUGAUGUGAUGCCACUAAGCCUUUAUAUCUGUGAGGCUUUGGUUUCCUUAAAACUUCAUCUGGUGGUUUUGCCUAUUGCCGACUUUGUUUCCUUACCUUGCCUGAAGGUUUUGCACUUGGAUACUGUUUGCUAUCCUAAUGAGGCCACUUUUGAGAGACUUGUCUCAUCCUCCCCUGUCUUGGAAGAGUUAGAGAUUAAGGGAAGUGUUAGUUGUAAGGUAGAAGACUUUCGGGUGUUCUCUACGUCAUUGAAGAGGCUAACUAUAUGUUUACGCUUCUCUCUGCUUCAUUCUGAAUCAAAAAUUUUGAUUGAUGUUCCUCGACUAAGGUUUUUGAGCAUUGAUGAAAACUUGUCAGAAAGCUUUGUAAUAGCCAAUAUGGAUCCCAAUGUUAAGGUAGAUCUUUAUCUCAGCUCUGGUUUUGUUUCUGAGGCAGCAUAUGAUACAUCGAAGACUAGAAGAUUGCACAACUUUCUCCCCCAGAUUUCAAUGGUCAGGGAUAUGCUCAUACAUCUAGGCACUUUACAGCUCCUCUAUGUUUACUCAAAACUAGAACCACUGCCUCAGUUUGGUUACAUGUCCCGCCUGCACGUAGCUCUUUAUCAUUCCCAUUCGAGAUGGUUACCGACCUUUCUUGAGAGCUUCCCAAACUUGAAGGCUCUCACCUUGGUAUUCUAUGAUGAUUAUGAGGACAUGCGCUCCGAGGAGAUGAGCCAUUUUAGUUUUUCACAUGUGCCUCAAUGUUUGCUAUCGUCUCUCGAGUCUGUUGAUUUCAAAGUGCGAAUCUGGGGACUUGGUGUACAAAUGGAGCUAGUAAGGUACUUUCUAGAGAAUUCGGCUAUCCUCGAGAAACUCACUCUACCACCUUUCCAUUAUGAUGCAAUUCAGAUUGAAGAUGACUUUGUUAAGAAAGUCCUCAAAAUCAAAAGACGGUCUACCAAAUGUAAAGUCAUCUUUAUUUGAUUGGUAAAAGAAAGUGUCGUAGAAAGAUUACUGAGGUUUUGUGAUUAUAAGAAGACAAAGUGAACAUGAUUGUUUUGGCUUCGAUUCUUCUAACUUCUUCUUUGGCUACUUGGUUUUCGAAUUUUAAUGAAAGCUCGUGGAUCUUA